UCACAUGACUUUACUUCCGCAACUUCUGAUGCUGCAAUUCAUUUGGAAGACCGCAGCGUUCAGCGGGGUCCGGUGGAUGUUAGAGGACACAGCCGUGUGAUUGCACUUUUUAAACACCAAAGGCAGGACCUGGUCGAGCCGCACCAUGUCUUUCUUCAGGGCUGCAACCGUGCUGCUGUUCCUCUUCGGAUACUCGCUCGGGGCACCCGGUUCGUUCAGUGUGGACUACAAGAAUGACUGCUUUCGGAAAGAUGGGGAAGCUUUUCGCUACAUAUCUGGGAGCAUCCACUACAGCAGGAUCCCGAGAGUCUACUGGAAAGAUCGGCUGCUUAAGAUGUACAUGGCCGGACUGAACGCCAUUCAGACGUACAUUCCCUGGAACUACCAUGAGCCGUCUCCAGACCAAUACAAUUUCAGUGGAGACAGGGAUGUCAAGCAUUUCCUCCAGCUGGCCCAAGACAUUGGUUUAUUGGUCAUCCUCAGACCUGGUCCCUACAUAUGUGCAGAGUGGGACAUGGGAGGCCUGCCUGCUUGGCUUCUGAGCAAGAAAGACAUUGUACUGCGGUCAUCAGAUCCAGAUUACAUUGCAGCAGUGGACAAGUGGAUGGGGAAAAUACUGCCUAUGAUAAAGCCUUUUCUCUAUCAGAACGGUGGUCCUAUCAUCACUGUACAGGUUGAGAAUGAAUAUGGCAGCUACUUCGCCUGUGACUACAACUACAUGCGUCACCUGACCAAGCUGUUUCAGUCCCACCUGGGGAAUGAUGUGGUGUUGUUCACCACAGAUGGGGCUGGGCUAAACUAUCUUAAGUGUGGCUCAAUACAGGGUCUUUAUGCAACCGUUGACUUUGGACCAGGUGCAAACGUAACAGCUGCUUUUGCUGCACAGAGACACGCCGAACCUCAUGGACCUUUGGUCAAUUCUGAAUUUUACGCUGGCUGGCUGGAUAACUGGGGCAGAGCCCACACAACAGUGCCUUCUGCCAUCGUGACAAAGGCCCUCAAUGAAAUCCUGUCUCUUGGAGCAAAUGUUAACCUGUACAUGUUCAUUGGAGGAACAAAUUUUGAAUACUGGAAUGGUGCCAAUUCACCCUAUGCCCCACAGCCUACCAGCUACGAUUAUGAUGCCCCUCUUACAGAGGCAGGAGACCUCACAGAAAAGUACUUUGCCAUUAAAGAGGUGAUCAAAAUGCACCGUAAAAUACCAGAGGGACCAGUACCACCAACAACUCCAAAGUAUGCAUACGGGGCUGUCAAAAUGAAGAAGCUCCAAACAGUGUCAGAUGCCAUAGACAAACUGUCUUUCUCCGGCCCUGUCAAAAGCAUGUAUCCUCUAACUUUCAUUGAAUUAAACCAGGCUUUUGGGUUUGUCCUCUACAGGACGAAGCUGCCUGUCAACUGUAGCACACCAACUCCUCUGUCUUCUCCACUGAACGGGGUUCAUGAUAGGGCAUAUGUGUCCGUGGACGGGGUGGCCGUAGGAAUCCUUGAAAGGAACAAAGUCUUAACUGUUAAUGUGACUGGGAAGGCUGGCAACCUGGUGGACAUACUGGUGGAGAAUAUGGGUCGCAUCAACUACGGAGGAGGCAUCAAUGACUUUAAGGGCUUGGUGUCCAACCUGACGUUGGGGUCAGACUUGCUCAAAGACUGGGCUGUUUACAGUCUCAGCAUUGAUGACGCAGUCAGCCAGGGUCUCCUUGGGGAAAUUGAAUCCACAGCCACAGAUUCACCUCAGAAUCACACUCUCUCCCUGCCGGCCUUCUACAGUGGCAGCUUUAUCAUUCCAGACGGCAUCCCAGACCUGCCCCAGGACACCUACAUUAAGCUCCCUGACUGGAGGAAGGGUCAGGUUUGGAUUAAUGGCUUCAACAUGGGACGUUACUGGCCAAGCCGAGGUCCUCAAGUGACACUUUUUGUGCCUUCCAGCAUCCUCAGCACAGCUGCACCCAACAAUGUUACUGUCCUAGAGCUGGAAGCGGCACCCUGCACCUCAGGACCGUGCACUGUGGAGUUCACAGACACUCCCAUCCUGAAUGCCCCAGUGCAGUAUGCCGACAGACAGCAGAGAUUAUUUACCAGAGAUGAUUUCUUGUAACUGUUGACACAGUUUUGUAAAAAAGGGAUAAAUUUGCACUGCUCAUUGAUGUACAGUCUCGAAUCAGCACCUGUCUUAACUAGAUAUUUAACUUGCAAAAGCUGUAUUGAUGUAAACAGCAUGGUGGAAGUCAUGUUUACAACACUUGCCAUGAUGAGCUAUAAGGUAAAGUACAAGGCUCAUCUAAAUUUAUAAUAACCUUAACAUUUGGGAUUAGACAUCAAUGAUUGAAUGUUUCUUAAUGAAAAGCAGGAAAGUUGUAAAUUAUUAUUAUUUUUUAUUAUUUUUUUUUUUUUUAAAUCAAAACUGUCACACCAAUCGUGGAUGGGCCUACCUCAGUGAUUUUGCAUAAGUCUAUUCAUAGCCUUUACCAAUUUUUGCCUGGAGCGGAUAUUGCCAGCUGGCGCAGAACAGAGCUAUCAUUUACAAAGUAUAAUGCAAAAAAAGAAAAAAAAAAUCUAAUGGAAUCUAAUGGAAAUCACUUCAGGGAAAGGUGUUGAAGGAUAAGUAAUAUGACUGUGAUGUUUAAAAUUUGAAAUGAUGUUGCACUUACUGAAUAUUUGUGCAUUUUAAAUAAAAUGUUUCAA